CUCGCUUUUUUCUUUCCAGUGUUGGCUGACUUACAGCUCCUAUAAACUAGUGGCAAUUUCUGCACCCCAGCCUGCUCCCUUUCAGUUUCUGGUUCCCAAGCCCAUGUGCCAGGGGCCGCCAGCAAGGAGGUAUGUGCCGUUCGUGCGAUUUCCAGGCGACUUCACCUCUGGGCGUGGCGGAUGUUUGUGUACACUUUCCUGGGUGGCGGACCUUGGUUCCCUCUGGAAAUAUUCUCCUGCGAGUAUUUAUUUGUCUGAAUCAACGCAACCCCGCGCCAUGGACCUCCUCGGGUUGCUGAAGUCUCAGUUCCUGUGCCACCUCGUCUUCUGUUACGUAUUUAUCGCCUCGGGGCUAAUAAUCAACACCGUUCAGCUCUUCACCCUCCUUCUCUGGCCAAUUAACAAGCAGCUCUUCAGGAGGAUCAACUGCAGACUGUCCUACUGCGUCUCCAGCCAGCUGGUGAUGUUGCUGGAGUGGUGGUCGGGCACGGAAUGCAUCAUCCAUACAGACCCCCAGGCCUACCCCAAGUACGGAAAGGAAAAUGCCAUCGUGGUUCUGAACCACAAGUUUGAGAUUGACUUUCUCUGUGGUUGGAGCCUGGCCGAACGCUUUGGGGUGUUAGGGGGCUCCAAAGUCCUGGCCAAGAAGGAGCUGGCCUACGUCCCGAUCAUCGGCUGGAUGUGGUACUUCACCGAGAUGGUCUUCUGCACACGCAAGUGGGAGCAAGACCGCAAGACCGUCUCGCAGAGCCUGCUGCACCUCCGGGAUUACCCCGAGAAGUACUUUUUCCUGAUUCACUGCGAGGGCACUCGCUUCACGGAGAAGAAGCACCAGAUCAGCAUGCAGGUGGCCCGAGCCAAGGGGCUGCCCAGCCUCAAGUACCACCUGCUGCCACGCACCAAAGGCUUUGCCGUCACCGUGAGGAGUUUGAGAAAUGUAGUUUCAGCUGUAUAUGACUGUACACUCAAUUUCAGAAAUAAUGAAAAUCCAACACUGUUGGGGGUCCUAAACGGGAAGAAAUAUCAUGCAGAUUUAUACGUCAGGCGGAUUCCUUUAGAAGAAGUCCCAGAAGACGAGGAGGAGUGUUCAGCCUGGCUCCACAAACUCUACCAGGAGAAGGAUGCCUUCCAGGAGGAGUACUACAGGACGGGCACCUUCCCAGAGACCCCCAUGGUGCCCCCCCGGCGGCCCUGGACGCUCAUCAACUGGCUCUUCUGGGCCUCCCUGCUGCUCUACCCUUUCUUCCGGUUCCUCACCAACAUGAUCAGCAGUGGGUCUUCCCUGACCCUGGCCAGCUUUGUCCUCGUCUUCUUUGUGGCCUCCAUGGGAGUCCGAUGGAUGAUUGGGGUGACAGAAAUCGACAAGGGCUCUGCCUACGGCAACAUCGACAGCAAGCAGAAACGGAACGACUGACCCCGGACACAUCAGCACCCAGAGGGGACCUUGGGGACUGGUGGACGCUGUCAUCCUUAGUGGGACCCAGGGACGAAGCGGGGUGAGCCCCUGCUGGGAAGCCAGGGAGUCUGGUCUCGAUGCCAGAUGGGGAGGAAGAUGUUCUUAAAUCUUUUUUCCCCCA